AUGUUCCGUUCCGCCCUCCGCCGCGCGUGCAACGCGCUCCAGCCCCUCGCCACCGGCGCGCGGGCCUCGGCCGCGUGCGUCGAGCGCCGGGCGCUCGCGACGCUGUGCGCGUCGGGUGGCGCGGAUCUCGCCGCUGUCGGACGCGCGUCCCCCGUCGCGGCCGUGCAGGCUGCUCUGCGCAGGGACAUCCACUUCUCCUCUCUCCUCAGGGACGACGCCGCCGACGGCGAUGACGCCGCGAAGGGGCUCUACCAGGUUCUCGGCGAGGAGCUCGAGCACGAGCGUUCCACGUACGUGCCGAGCGAGAUCGUCGCGGCUGGUCCCCCGGCGCCGUUCGAGCUGAUCGAAGCGGACGGCGACUGCGAGAUCACGCUCGUGAGGACCUACGGCGACGACGAGGAGAUCUCGAUCACCUUCAACGCAGCGGAGGACCCUUACGACGAGGACGACUUCUCCGUGACGACCGAGGACUCCACCGUGGAGAUCGAGGACGACGAGGAGGCUGCGCUUCACUUCAUCGUCAACGUCUCCAAGGGUGACGGCGGCGAGAUGCUCGAGUUUUCGUGCGCGACGGAUGGCGAAACCGUGGAGGUUCGCAACGUGCGUUACGAGUCGCUCGCCGACGCGGAGGAGGACGACGCCGAUCUACUCGCCGCGUCGUACCCGGGCCCAAACUACGACGAGCUCGACGAGGCGGUGCAGGAGGAGUUUCACCGGUAUCUCGAGGCCAGGGGCGUGGACCACGUGCUGGCGAAUUACAUCGCGGAGCUCCACGUGCACAAGGAGCAGGAGCUGUACACGGAUUGGAUAUCCAAGGUGCGGGGCUUCGUCGGGCCCAAGUGACGGCCGCGUCAGUGCGCGCGGUGCGACACGAACCGUGCGUGCUCUUAUUCGAGACCUUGUAAAACUACAACACGCGGGUGCCGA